AUGAGAUAUACGAAUUCAAAUUUAUGGGUAUCAGAUACCGAUAUAUCUUCACUAGGUUCACGUCUACGUACUCGUCGACGGUCAUCAUCAGAUCAUAAAAUUCUUGAAGAAUGGCAAAUACUUGCUAAUAAAUUCAAAACUCAUGAGAAUUGGCCAUGGACUAUACGAAAAUUAUUCAUUCGAAGACAUCUACGACGACAACGAUAUGCAUCAGAUUGUGGAUCAGCACCUUAA